AUGGUGAAAACUAGAGGAAGUGGCUCUCAGUCUGUCAAGGAUUUGAAGGCUGGCUCGUUGAUUGCAUCUCAAUCUCUCACCAAGAAAAAGACUCGAAAGAGUGCGUCGCCCAAAACCCAUUCUGACUCCACCGAAUCUCCUGAUGUUCUUGCACCCAAGAAGAAAAAUAAAGGGUGGUUCCGAGUUUCCUCUUCUCGAAAAUCCCCUCGAUCCAAUGGUACUAAUCCUUCGGAUUCCACUCCAAAGGCUUCUUCUCCCAUGGGUUCCACUCCUCUCUCCAAGUUUCGGACAAUGGUGAAGAAGAUUCCUCCCCCUUGUUCCUCAUCUGAAACUUACCCAUCUGAAGCUUUUGUACCCUCUGAUGAUGAUCCCCUUGAGGAUGAUGCCUCAAUUGAUGAUGAUGUUGCAUCCGAAGCCGAAUCUGACCCAUCAAAGGACCCUUCUGUUUCUCCAAAGGGCAAGAAAGCUGUGAAAUUUUUUGAGAUUUGCACAAAGUCACCAGUGCAUUAUGUGCAUAGAGAUGUUAUUUGUGAGAAAAAAAUUUCGUUCUCUACCCAUAGAGUGUUUGGGGUCAUUAAGAAUAAUGAGGAUAGAGGGUGGUAUGGAUCUUUAGCUGGGUUUGAUGGUUUUGUUCCUCGGGUUGUUCAAGAGUUUUAUGCUAAUCUUAAUGAUGAUUUGUUUGAUAGCAAUGCUGCUGAAAUUGCCAAGGUUCUCAAUGUGCCUUCUUUUGUUAUCAAUGAUGUUGUGGAUUUCAACAAAGAUAAGGUUUUAUCUGAGUUGGUGGGACAAAAUAUGGUUUGGGAACAACAUUCAAUUUUCAAAGUGACUGAUCUUACUCAUUACUAUUCCAUACUUCACAAAUUUUCCAUCAACAACUGGACUCCCACCACUCAUACCUCCACCAUUACCUUUGACACGACCUUCUUUCUGUUCAAAGUCGGGACUAGUCUCCAAGUUGAUCUUGCUACUCUCAUUUUUUAUCAGAUCACUGCCUUAGGAAAAGCCAAAAAGAAAAGCCAAUAUUUGGUGUUUCCUCAUUUGAUCUACAAGUUGCUUGAUUCUCAAAAGCCUCUCCGGUUGGAAUAUGAAAUCGUGACACCCCCCACUACCGGUGUAGAUUACAAACUCAAGAAGGAAUCCUCAUCUGCCAAGACGACUAAAAGGAUUUCUCUCAAGGCUGGCGAUGCUGAUUCUGUCAUUACUGAACUCGCUAGUGUCAAGACCACUCUGGAAACUGUUCAGACAGAAGUUCUCAGUCUCAAGAAUUGUCUCGCAACCAUAGAGCAACUUCAGCACACCAUGAUGUCUCAAUUUGCUGUGGGUCCUUCCAAAUGUGGUCAUCUGUUUCUGCCUUUGUUUUGA